AAUCGGAGGUGCUCGGGCUCAUACUUUUUUUCAAAACCAGUUUUUAUGGACUCCUUUUGUCGACAUACGGAGUAUAACACAAAGGAAAGCAAACUUGCUCCGUUCUAGGUGACGUCUCUGGGUUCGGUCUAAGUAAAAUUGUUCGUACAGUUCUCCACCUGGAAAUCCUCUCCGGCAAUCGUCGGAGUCCACUGAAAAUGAGACGACCGUCGAUCAACGUCAAAGCGAUUACUCGGAAGGUCGACGUCGACAAUCGAAUCUCGCUGCGCAAUUACUAUCGGAUCGCGGAUAAUAUACUCCGGCAGGCAAGUAUCUACCGGGAGGAGAAGAACAUCAUUGAUUUGUAUGUAAUGCUGCUUAGAUAUUCCAGUUUGGUGACUGAAACUAUACCACACCAUCGAGAUUACCAGCUUUUGUGUCCAAGAGAAAAAGCAUUUUCUAGAAAGACACUGUUGAGGGUGCUAGACGAGUUAGAGGCUCUAAAGCCGAAAUUUCAACGUCAAGUAAAUGAACUGGAAAGCCUUCAGCCAUAUCAACUCGAGGGCCCAGAAUCUACUUCAUCUGUAUCAUCAAGAAUUCCUUCAGUAAAACCUGUAUUGAACAAUAAGACAUCUUCAGGUCAUGGAAAUAAGUGGGCUGUCAGCAAUGCAACUUCUUCAUGGAAACAGAACAAUGAACAACCUCAAGUUUCAGCUACGAAUUCCAUAGACUCAUGCUUCCAGAAGAUGGCUCUCUCUUUUCCACUUCCAAAGCAAGAAACGCUGUCAAGGCACUCAUUUUUAGGCCCAAAUGGUCUUCGUGGCCAAUGGCUUGGACCUAGUGCUGAGAUAAAGGUUAACUACCCAACCAAUACCGAUCUUGCUUCCGACAUGUCAAGUCUCAUUCAGAGUGGACACUUUGCUCCCAAUGUGGUCAAGGAUGCUGACACAAAAGUUGAUAAUCCUACUAUGGAAUCUGUUCUCUCAUUGGAUGAUGGAAGAUGGUUGCAGCCUACAGAGGAUACUUUGUUUAAUGAUGAUGUGAGAAAUGAUAAUCUUCCAUCAAGUAUUAUUCAGCAACCUUCUCUCCCUCCUGUCCUUGCACAAGUGCAACCAGAGCAUCGACCAAUUUCUCCUUCUAGAGUUGCUGAUCCAAGACCGGGACCAGUUAAACCACCUCAAGAUGGGAUGGCUGGUUCUAAUUCUUACCAAAAUCUACAUAUUCCAGUACAGAUGAUGGAAGAUUUCUUGAGAUUAGCACGAGCUAAUACAAUAAAGAACUUGGAAACUUGUGGUGUUCUUGCUGGUUCACUGAAAAACAGGGUAUUCCAUAUCACUACACUUAUAGUUCCAAAGCAAGAGUCAACAUCGGAUUCAUGCCAGACAUUAAAUGAAGAAGAAAUAUUUGAGGUCCAGGACAAGCUCUCUUUGUUUCCUCUUGGAUGGAUACAUACACAUCCAUCUCAAACAUGUUUUAUGUCAUCAGUUGAUUUGCACACUCAUUACUCCUAUCAGAUUAUGUUGCCGGAGGCAAUUGCAAUUGUCAUGGCUCCCACCGACGAAUCCAGUCCUCACGGCAUCUUUCAUUUGUCCGAUCCCAGCGGCAUAUCCAUAAUCCGGAACUGCCAACAGCGCGGUUUCCAUCCUCACGAAGAACCCGAAGAUGGAAGUCCCAUCUAUGAGCACUGCUCUCAUGUGUAUAUGAAUCCAAACUUGAAAUUUGACGUAGUUGAUCUCCGAUAACCUCACGCUUUUGGUUAAUGUCCAAAAGUCAAACUUGUACAGCUUAUUUAUACACACAAUUUGCUGUCAGGCUAAGUACACUUUUACAAUUUUGUAAAUUUUUUUUUUUAAUGUACACAAGAAGACCUUCCUAUGAGCCAAAUUGAAUUUGUUCCAUUUAUAUUCCCCCGUUAUGAAAUAUUGCAAUAUGGAAUUUGUUUAG